AUGUCGAUCAAGAUGAAGGGUCUCCUCAAGGGCCUGCGGUACAUCUCCCAGAUAUUCGGUACGUGAGUCCUCUGAUCUCCGUUUCGGGUUGCUUCUACGGCUGAACUGACCGGCCUCAGAUCUGAUCGCUGGAGCCCGCAGACUCGAAGGAGCAGGAGAUGCAGAUCGGCUACCCCACGGACGUCAAGCACGUCGCCCACAUCGGCUGGGACGGCCCCUCCGUCAACCCUCCUAGUUGGGUGGGUAUAGUUUCGACUUGUCCUUCUCUCUUCUGGUCCCGCCUUUUGACUCGUCUGAAGGUCUUCCUCGUUUGAUGAUGGCUCAGAUGAACGAGUUUCGAUCCGCGCCACUCAGCACGCUCGGCACAGAGGCUAUGACCGACCAGGCUCCGGCCCGGUUCUCUUCCCAGGGUCGGUGACCGACAGAUAUGGUCAACGUUUGAAAGCUGAAACCGAUUAUCCUCCCAGACUGACACGCAAAACGUUGAUGGUGCAGAUUUGGAUAGCGGUCAUGGCGGGUUCCACGACUCGCCGCUCCGGGAGCUCCCAGAUCAACUUGCCCCGAACCCGAGACGGCAAGCGUCGGCUGGCUCAGCCGUUGACUCGUCGAGCCAGUCGCCGGCCGUCCCAAAGCACUCCCGUCGCAACAAGUCCGCCACCGGAAUGCCCAUCGACUCGCCGGCGCGCGAGCUGCCGUUGACCCGGAGAAACGGAGCUAACUCCGCCCUCAGCACGCCGACCGACUCACCCACGGGGGACCUGCCGUCCAUCCCAAAGAUCGCCCGCAAGAAGAAGACCAGGACGGGGACGGCGGGGGCGGUCGGUGGCGGCGGGUCCACGAGGUCCGCGAAACUUAAGGCUCAGGCCACUUCGUCGGACGACGCGGAGGGCGGCGAGAAUCUCCCGGUGAUCAUAUCCACCCGGGCGGUCGAAGGGAUGAUGUAG